CUUGUAUGGAGAUAAGGAGGAUGACCUCCAGCUCUGGCCGAGGAUGACCACCACCUUUGAGGAGGCCGAUGGCCCGGAUUUGGGCAUUCCUGCUGAGGCCGAUGGUAAUUUUCCUUCGGCUUUCUGUCUUUACGUUUUUGUCCUUUGCCUUGCUAAUCUGUUUGUUUUCCCUUUGUAGACUUUGUCAUGGACCGCCGUUCCAUGAUGGCCAUUGCGAAGGCCAAAGCGGCCGAGGAGAUUGCUGCUAAGGCGGCCGAAGCGGCCAGGCGUGCCGCGGCCGGUGUGAGCGGGGCUACUGCAGAUGCGGCCCCAAAGCCUGCCCCAUCCAAGAAAAAGAGACCGGCCACUGAUGGCCAGAAAAAGUUGACCGAGGCCGGCGUGAGCGUCUCUAAGAAGACGAAGAGGGCUCCUUCCCCUUCUCCGGCUAGUGAGGCCGGCACGCUUACUGUCCCCAGCGUGGGCGAUGGUGGUCCCGUCGUGGACCUUACUGUUGCUGAUGAUGCUGCCCCAGCGCUUCCUCUCGUCCAGGAACCACGGACGCAGAGGGCCGGCAAGGAGAUUGUUGGUGCCACCUAUCAGAAAGUGAUAGAGUACCCCGUCGGCGGGGGCGUGUUUAAUGAGCUCGUCCCCGGCCACGUCGUCCUGGCCAAGGCCAUGCCGGCCAAAGAUCGGGCUCAUCUGAAGAAGCUCGAGGACCCGAAGAUUUAUGAGGGCGGCAUGGAUCUCCUCGUCCAAAGUGCCUUCAUGCUUAUGGAAAGCCAUAAGAGGCAGUACUGGGAGAUAGUCCGCCUGCAAGCACUGGAGCAGAAGGCUGCCUCGGCCGACGAGGCGGUAGCUUGCCUUGACCGGCUUCGGGAGGAUGCCAAGGCGCUGCAGGCCAAAGCUGAUGAGGCCGUCGCGGCCAGGGACGUUGCCCUGGUCCAGCUCGAAGAGAGCAAAAGGGAGCUCGCAGAGUCCCGUAGAGCGCUUGAGGCCGAGAAGCGCAGGAGCGAGGAGGCCGCCAAGGCGAAAGCUGAGGCCGAGGCCGCCGUCGUGAGGGCUGCUGAUGAGGCUGUUGAGAAGUUCUUGGCCGAAGGGUGGAAGGCCGAUGAGAGGCUCCCCUGGUGCUACGAGGUGGUGGCCGCCAGGCUGGAGAAUUGGGGGAUGAACUCCCCUGCCGGCCGGGAGUAUUUCAGCCAGGAGAUGUCUGUUUACUACAACCUGGGCCAGGAGCGGAUGCAAAGGCUCCUGUACCGGCGGCUAUCCCGGGCGUUGAAGGCCAUGAAUUACACGGCUGGAUGGGCUAGACGGAACCUGAAGCUCCC